CAUAUCACGGAGGUUAAGAGGCUUCCGAUAAUUGCUGGCAGAGAGAAAGGGUCAGGCCCCGGUCACUAUGCUCUCCCUCCAACCAUUGGCUACUUCAACCAUGACCGCACCGAGCACAGUAACCCCGCCUACACCUCCCACAGACGUAUGAGCAGCAACAUGGUCUCCGUGGAUUGCAGUCCAGGACCCCAGUACCACAUCGAUGCCAAGAUGACCCGGUUCGGCCGCGUCAGUACCCCUUCUUACUCUAUGCUAGGCAGGGCAAGACGCGUCGCCUCUCUCUUCCAGACUGCAGGUCCCUACAGCCCAGAGAAAGCUCAUCUCAGACCUUCCUCCUACACUAUCCGCUCUCUGUCACGCUACCGUAUAAUGGAUUCUGUGCCCGCUCCUCCCAGGUACACCCACCCUAACCUGCUGGGUUCCCAGGUGCCCCACAAGCCGUCCAGUGCCAGCUACAGCUUGGCAGGGCACAGACAGGUAGGAGCUCCAUCAGAAGACCGGUCCAUGACCCCUGGACCAGGACGCUACAACAGUACUGAUCCCAGCGUCUACCUCACACGACAGCCGUCCUUCUCUAUGCAGAGCCUGACUACCCGGGCCAGCGAUCAGUCUCAGAAGCCUGGGCCAGGGACCCACAGCCUGGAGAAGGUCCUGCUCCACCUCCCCAGACCUCCUGCCUUCUCCCUGAGCAUCAGACACUCAGAGUUCAUUACUCCUCUGGUGGUGGUUGUUUCCAACUGAUUUUUAUUGGAGUUUCACACGGAGUUUGUGG